CCUUUUUCCGGCCAUCUUCGAAGAUGGGUAUCGACAUCUGCCACAAAAAAGACCGAAAGGUCCACAGGACGGAACCCAAAAGUCAGGAUAUUUAUCUUCGGCUUCUGGUCAAGUUAUACCGUUUCUUGGCUCGUCGUACAAAUGCCAAGUUCAACAAAAUUGUGUUGAGAAGAUUGUUCAUGAGCAAGAGCAAUCGCCCUCCCCUGUCUCUUGCAAGACUGGUCCGCCACAUGAAAUCAUCUGGCCGUGGAGACAAAGUCGCUGUCUGUAUUGGAACUGUUACUGAUGAUAUCAGAAUUCUAGAGAUCCCAAAACUAAAGGUAUGCGCACUUCAUGUGACUGAGAGAGCACGUGCUAGAAUCCUUAAGAAUGGAGGAGAACUGAUCACUUUGGACCAGUUGGCACUGAAGGCACCCAAGGGACAAAACACAGUUCUUUUACAAGGUCCCCGUAAGGCCCGUAGCGCAUACAGUCACUUUGGCAAGGCCCCUGGAUUGCCCCACAGCCACACCAAACCAUUUGUACGAAGCAAAGGCAGGAAAUUUGAGCGUGCUCGUGGUCGUCGUAGCAGCAGAGGAUACAAGAAAUAAACUAUUUAACAUGGACUGUUGUACUGACUUAUCUUGUAUGCUGAGCCUUUGUCCUUGUAAUGGAAUAAAAUGCUCAUUAAGUGGAAUCUGUAGUCACGUUUUUUGAGUGAAGUGUCUAAGCAUGCUUCUGUUGAGUCAUUCGUUUGUCAGCCUGAGGAUUCCAAGAUUAUAUUAAUUUAAAGGUCUCUGUACACUGUGUACAGUUUCUCUGUAUAUUGAUGUUGGAUCACCAAUUUUGAAGCAGUUUAAUGUUAAUACCAAAUAGUUAUUAUUCAAUCAAACAUAGUUUGAGAUGGAUAAAGGGAUGCCGUUCCUUUUUCUGUCUGGGUAAAAACUCAAAUACCAGAUGACCGAUUGGAUUCCAAAUUUUAUAGGCUGGUGCCUUAGGAUAAGACCUCUGUUUGAAAAGGAAUUUCGAAGGUGUCAUUUUACGUAAAUAAUGUAAUCUUAAAUAAUGGUAACUCGGAUACCAGUCAACGGAUUUGGUUCAAAUU